AUGAGACAGAAGGACACCAUGGUGGACCAACUAACCUUUGAGCAGGAAAAUCAAGAGCGGAUCCAUGCUGUUGAGAACUCCUUUGGGCCAUCGGGGAAGCCCCUGUCCCAGCCAGGUCGGGUUCUGAUCGGAGAGGGCCGGCUGAUGAAGCAAAGCCGCCGGGGGCCACAACCUAAAGCCUUCUUCCUCUUCAGUGAUGUACUUGUGUAUGGCAGCAUCAUUCUGAACGGCCGCUGGCACAAAAAACAGCAGAUCAUCCCUCUAGAGGACAUCCGGCUGGAAGACUUAGAAGACGGUGUGAGAAUGAGGAACCAAUGGCUGGUCCGCACACCACGCAAAUCAUUUUACGUAGCAGCCUCCUCGUACGAAGAGAAGCGAGCCUGGAUAGAGCACAUAGAGGAUUGCCGGUCCAGACUGCUGCAGAGCAGCGGCCGCAGACCCGGGUCCACCUUCGCCGUCACCUGGAUCCCUGACCAGGCCUCUGCCAUCUGCAUGCGCUGCUCUGACAAGUUCAGCGUGACCCAACGUCGGCACCACUGCAGGAAGUGCGGCUUCGUGAUCUGUGGUGCGUGCUCCAAGAAGCGAGCGGUGAUUGGACACAUUCAUCCGACUAAGCGGUUGAGGGUCUGCAGCAUGUGCCACUUGAGUCUCCUGAAGACAGAGACAGAGGCCCGGGAGGUGACCCGUUUGAGGGGGGACAGCACUGAGAAGAUAGGCUCCGAUGAAGAUGAAGUGGAAGGGUCCAGUGAAGAGGAGGCAGAGGAGCAGAUGGAAGACCAUGACCCCAGCAGGUGGAUGGAUUCCCAGAUGGACUCCUGGUCCCCCUAUGUCUACCUCAAACCAGAGCAUAUGAGGCCCCAAACAUCAGUCACUCAGAUUUAACCCUGUGUUGCACUUUGGGCCUUUCUUCAACAUGGACUAUGCAUCAGCAUAAAGAUAACAAAAGAAUAAUGUAUAAAGUCAAACUCUUUUGUACACACUGUAUUUAUUGAUGUAAAUAAUGUGUCAUUUCCCUGUGAUGCUGUUUGUGGAAACACUACUGCUGUGAAGUCUUCAUUUUAUUUUAGUUUUGAUGUUGUUCUCUGUUUUAUGUCAGAGGAUUUAGAGUAGAACACUUGAGGUUCAGUCUGCUUUACUAGAUUUUUUACUUUAGACUGAUUUCAGCCAAAUGCGUAUAUGUCAGUGUGUGUGUGUGUGUACAUGGGAGUAUUUGGACUUACAUGCAUCUGCCACAUUUGUGUUUGAAAUAAACUAUGAACGAUAAAGCACUUAA